CUGUCAUUUAAUAGUGAUCGUGUCACCGAUAGAAGAACUUCUAAUGGCGUAUAAAGUAUUUUCUUUAGAUAGAUCUUACAUCGAAAACAACUUGAAAAUACUUACAAUUCUGGGUUUAUGGAAUCCGUAUAAUGGUACACAAAAGUGGUUGUAUCAUAUUUAUACAAUACUCAUUCCUUUGUUUCUGCUGCCCAUUCGAUCCAUGGGAUUCCUCCGACAAGGUGUCAUUAUGCAUCACGAUUUCAUCCGAUCGACGUUAUCUCUACUUGUUGGUUUAGCCUAUGUUUAUGGCUGGGUGAAAAUUCUCAAUUUCAUUUUGAAUCGCGCCAACAUCGAGCUCAUCAUUAAUCUACUUAAUCAGGAGAGAUGGCUACCAUGUUCAAAAGAGACUGCUCAAUACAGAAACAAGGUUGUUACUCGUGCAAUACGAGUAACUACCAUAUUUACACUAGCAUGGAUAUAUGAGAUAUUUAUCUGUUUACCAUUUUUCUACGUGGAUGAAUGUAUAAAGAGUAAUACCACGUACGAGGAUCUAGCAAUACGUUUCGCCAUGAAUAAAAAUGUCAUCGGAGGAAUGAAUCUGCGGAUAAUAUCGAUACUUGACUGUUUAUUUGCAAUUCUCAUCGCCUCCACGAUUGUAUCGAAUGAUUGUUUUUGCUUGUGCCAGAUGUAUCACAUUACCAAUCAACUCAGGUUACUGAAUUUUCGCCUGAGCCAAUGCUGUUCCAUCGAUAUUGAUUUUCCGAAAAUAGAAACCUCGAAAAAAUCGAAUACCUUUAACUUUGAGUGUGGCUCCAUAUAUUCACAGAAAUCUGAUUUGACUUCAGUUGGAGAGUUCAUCUGUUGUAUUCAGCAUUAUCAAAAUAUCGUACGAAUGGUGAAAAUAAUUAACAAAGUUUACGGGCCUAUUCUGUUGCCACAGUUGAUGACAAGUCUCAUGACAAUAUCCUUCGCUGCUAUUCACAUAUUUGUGACAAAAACAGUCACCUUCGAGGAACCUGGUUCUGCACUAUUCAUCAUAGCGGUUACCAUCAGCUGCCUAUUCCAAUUGUCGGCCUACUGUUGGGGAGGAGAUGGCAUAAUUAGAGAAAGUAGCCGUACCAGUACAGCGGUUUAUACAUGUAUUUGGUAUGAACAAGAUCCAAAUUUUCAAACCAAUUUAAAAAUUUUCUUCUUCAUGUGUCGGAAUACACUUGUUGUCAAUGCCUACGGACUUUUUUAUCUUUCAUUGGUCACAUUGAAAAAUGUACUGGUCAAAUCCUAUUCAGCUAUGGCCCUCAUAAGUAAAGCUAAUCCAUAAUCAAUGUAUUCAAUGGAAAUGAGUUUACAUUGUCAUAAAAAUCAUUUGAAAAUGUAAAUAAUGAUGAAAAAUUAUUAGAAUAACAUCAGUAAGUCAGUGAUUUGGUUCAAAGAUUACUUAAUAGAAAGCAGACGGAUACAGGUCAUCAUCCUGAUGAAAAGCGCACAGCAUCGAAGAACAAGUUUGUGAUAAUAAAGGUAUAUGUUGCGGCAAUAUUGUGAUAAGCUCACGGAACCCUCCAUUCACCUCACGCUCAUCAAAAUCCAAAAUCGAUAAAACUCACAGAUCCAGACAACUCCUAGCCCAUGGCGCAACUCAAAACCAUAUGAUACAAUCCAAGUACAUUCCGAUACCACUCCAUACCUGUCAUCAAUACCUUUUAUAUUAUAUCCACAUCGAAUAUCCCCUACAUUGGAUGACUGACGGCGCUCCUCAAGUCAAUGGUAAUACGGGGAUAAUUUAUGUCUUAGCAAUUACCUAAGUCCAGCGGACGAAAAUUAAUUUCUGCA